GUACCCCUAACCAAACAGUCCUUCUCUUUCUCUUUCUCUCUCUUUUUUCUUUUUUUUUCAAUACUACUACAAGCAACUACAAAUGAAGAAGAAUCUAUUCCUUUGGUGAGUAGAUGGAGGAGAAAGAGCAAGUGAAGACUGAGAAUUCGAUGGCUAAUUCAACAUUUUCCGAUCAGAUUCCGGCGAGUUGUGCUUUUUCUUCAAGCAUCUUUGACAUGCCAUGUGAAGUUGAAAAGGGCUCAUUAGGCUUCAUGGACCUGUUGGGCAUCCAAGACUACAGUCCUUCUCUAUUCGAUUUGCUUCAGCCUCCAUUGGCGCCGCACCCCCUCACUUCACCGGCUUCCUCAGCUCCGCCGGAGUCGUCGGAGGUUGUGAACGCUCCGGCCACCCCUAACUCCUCGUCGAUCUCUUCCUCGUCGACCGAAGCAGCGAAUGAUGAUCAGACUAAAGCGGCGGAGGAGGAAGAGCAAGAUCAGGAGAAGAAUAAGCAACAGUUGAAACCCAAAAAGAAGAACCAAAAGAGGCAGAGAGAGCCGAGAUUUGCGUUCAUCACCAAGAGCGAAGUUGAUCAUCUUGACGAUGGAUACAGAUGGAGGAAGUACGGCCAAAAAGCUGUGAAGAACAGCCCUUUUCCUAGGAGCUACUAUCGUUGCACCACUGCCGCCUGCGGAGUGAAAAAGAGGGUGGAGCGAUCCUCCGAUGAUCCCACCACUGUUGUUACUACCUAUGAAGGUCAGCACACUCAUCCCUGUCCAGUGAUGCCCCGUGGAAGUCUUGGGAUUCCGCCGGAAGCUGUCACCUUCAGUGCAGCUGCUGCUUCCUCAUUCGCCAUGCCACAGCCUCAGUAUCAGCAGCAGCAGCAACCCUAUUUCAAUAACUCUUCUCUUUCUUUGAACUUCAACCACAUGAAUUCCUCCUCCAUUAACCCCACUUUCCUCCAUGAGAGACGGUUCCGUCCUUCUCCAGCUUCUCUGCUGAGAGAUCAUGGACUUCUUGAGGACCUCCUGCCGUCCCCGAUGUUUAAGGAGCCUAAAGAGGAGUAGUAGAGAGAUUUUUUAUCUGUAUUACUGGUAUGUAAUUUCCCUUACUGACUGAUGGAGGUUGUCUUUGGAGACGAACCCACUUCACCAUUACAUGUGAACCUUGCUGAUUAUCACUGUAAAAUUACUAGCCUCAGCCUGUGAAGAACUACUUUCCUACUUUGUGGGUUUUUUUUUGUGUGUUAUUCUUUGUAUCUAGAGUUUAAUUCAAUCAUGAAGACUUGGGUUUUGUAUCUUCUUUAUCAAUCAGUUAAUUAUCCCAUUUUUCUUCUUCCUCUUCA